CUCCUCCCAGACAAUGAGGAUAUUAACAGCGCAUGUCUCCACAGCGCACCACUCUGUGAAAGCGUUGAAGUCGUCACUGCGAGAAUAGGCGAGCUCCGGGACUUUACCACGAUCCUAGUAGAACCGACGCCACCGGAACACACGCUCGGUGGUAUGAGCUUGCAGCCGUGCAUUCGCCCGAGAAUGGAGACGCCCGGCCGCGCGGUCACCCGAAGGUAG